AGGCGGCCGCCCUGGGGCCGUCGGGAUGGAGGUGAGAAGACGGCCGUGACGCGCGCCCGCGCGGUCCCCUGCACCCCCAGCAGCCCAUAGCGCUCCCUGCCCCCCUCCCCCGCAGCAGCGGGCCUUGCCGUGGAGUGACAGCGGCCUGGGGGGGCAGGGGGGGCGGGGGCGGCCGGACCAGCGAUGCCGGCGGGCAUGACGAAGCAUGGCUCGCGCUCCACCAGCUCGCUGCCGCCCGAGCCCAUGGAGAUCGUGCGCAGCAAGGCGUGCUCCCGGCGCGUCCGCCUCAACGUCGGGGGGCUGGCGCACGAGGUGCUCUGGCGCACCCUGGACCGCCUGCCCCGCACGCGGCUGGGCAAGCUCCGCGACUGCAACACGCACGACUCACUCCUCGAGGUGUGCGACGACUACAGCCUCGACGACAACGAGUACUUCUUUGACCGCCACCCGGGCGCCUUCACCUCCAUCCUCAACUUCUACCGCACCGGGAGGCUGCACAUGAUGGAGGAGAUGUGCGCGCUCAGCUUCAGCCAAGAGCUCGACUACUGGGGCAUCGACGAGAUCUACCUGGAGUCUUGCUGCCAGGCCCGCUACCACCAGAAGAAGGAGCAGAUGAACGAGGAGCUCAAGCGUGAGGCCGAGACCCUGCGGGAGCGGGAGGGCGAGGAGUUCGACAACACGUGCUGCGCAGAGAAGAGGAAGAAACUCUGGGACCUACUGGAGAAGCCCAAUUCCUCCGUGGCUGCCAAGAUCCUCGCCAUAAUCUCCAUCAUGUUCAUCGUCCUCUCCACCAUUGCCCUGUCCCUCAACACCCUGCCCGAGCUGCAGAGCCUGGAUGAGUUCGGCCAGACCACGGACAAUCCGCAGCUGGCCCACGUGGAGGCCGUGUGCAUUGCCUGGUUCACCAUGGAAUACCUGCUGCGGUUCCUCUCCUCGCCCAAGAAGUGGAAGUUCUUCAAGGGCCCGCUCAACGCCAUUGACUUGUUGGCCAUCCUGCCAUACUACGUCACCAUCUUCCUCACCGAAUCCAACAAGAGCGUGCUGCAGUUCCAGAACGUCCGCCGGGUGGUCCAGAUCUUCCGCAUCAUGCGUAUUCUCCGAAUCCUUAAGCUUGCGCGCCACUCCACCGGCCUCCAGUCUUUGGGCUUCACUCUGCGGAGGAGCUACAACGAGCUGGGCUUGCUCAUCCUCUUCCUCGCCAUGGGCAUCAUGAUCUUCUCCAGCCUUGUCUUCUUUGCCGAGAAGGAUGAGGAUGACACCAAGUUCAAAAGCAUCCCGGCCUCUUUCUGGUGGGCCACCAUCACCAUGACGACCGUUGGGUAUGGAGACAUCUACCCCAAGACUCUCCUGGGGAAAAUUGUUGGGGGGCUCUGCUGCAUCGCGGGAGUCCUGGUGAUUGCUCUCCCCAUCCCCAUCAUCGUCAAUAACUUCUCUGAGUUCUAUAAGGAGCAGAAGAGGCAGGAGAAAGCAAUCAAGCGAAGGGAGGCUCUGGAGAGAGCCAAGCGGAACGGCAGCAUCGUGUCCAUGAACAUGAAGGAUGCUUUCGCCCGGAGCAUCGAGAUGAUGGACAUCGUGGUUGAGAAAAAUGGGGAGAGUAUGAGUAAGAAGGAUAAAGUGCAAGAUAACCACUUGUCUCCCAACAAAUGGAAAUGGACAAAGAGGACACUGUCUGAAACCAGCUCAAGUAAGUCCUUUGAAACCAAGGAGCAGGGAUCCCCCGAGAAGGCCAGAUCAUCGUCUAGUCCUCAGCACCUGAACGUUCAGCAGUUGGAAGACAUGUACAAUAAGAUGGCCAAGACCCAAUCCCAGCCCAUCCUCAAUACCAAGGAGUCAGCAACACAGAGCAAACCAAAGGAAGAGCUUGAAAUGGAGAGUAUCCCCAGCCCUGUAGCCCCUCUGCCCACUCGCACAGAAGGGGUCAUUGACAUGCGAAGUAUGUCGAGCAUCGAUAGCUUCAUUAGUUGUGCCACAGACUUCCCUGAAGCCACCAGAUUCUCCCACAGCCCUUUGACAUCACUCCCCAGCAAGACUGGGGGCAGCAUGGCCCCAGAGGUGGGCUGGCGGGGAGCUCUGGGUGCCAGUGGUGGGAGGUUCAUAGAGGCCAACCCCACCCCCGAUGCCAGCCAUCACUCUAGUUUCUUCAUCGAGAGCCCCAAGAGUUCCAUGAAGACCAACAACCCCCUGAAGCUCCGAGCACUUAAAGUCAACUUCAUGGAGGGCGACCCCAGUCCAUUACUCCCCACUCUGGGGAUGUACCAUGACCCCCUUAGGAACCGGGGGGGUGCUACAGCUGCUGUUGCUGGGCUGGAGUGUGCCACACUCUUGGACAAGCCUGUGCUGAGCCCAGAGUCCUCCAUCUACACCACAGCAAGUGCUAGGACACCCCCCCGGUCACCCGAGAAACACACAGCAAUAGCAUUCAGCUUCGAGGCGGGAAUCCACCAGUACAUUGACGCAGACACAGACGAGGAGGGGCAGCUGCUCUACAGUGUGGACUCCAGCCCGCCCAAAAGCCUCCACGGGAGCACCAGCCCCAAGUUCAGUGUCGGGACAAGAUCAGACAAGAACCACUUUGAAAGCUCCCCCUUACCCACCUCCCCUAAGUUCUUAAGGCAGAACUGUAUUUACUCUACAGAAGCAUUGACUGGAAAAGGCCCCAGUGGUCAGGAGAAGUGCAAACUUGAGAACCACAUCUCCCCCGACGUCCGCGUGCUGCCGGGGCCAGGGGCCCACAGCAGCACGCAGGAUCAGGGCCUCUGACCUGCCCCGCCGUGGAGGAGAGACUUUGGGGCAAGAUCCAAAGAGGAGGGCUGUUCAGAAGAGCCACAGAGCUUUUCUUCAUGAACUCUGAAACAGAAAGGCCCUGCAAAGCCCCCAGACAGAAGAGAGACCCCAGAGAAGGCUCCCUAGGACCUUGAGAGCCAUGACAGAUUCCUCAGCAUGAAGUUGGCCAAGCCAUAGGGCACAGCACCUCCCUGUAACAAUUCUAUUGCCCUCUUUGGGAGAUGACAUGAGCAGAACUCGCAGCCACCACUACCACCAUUCUGGACAUAACCGAGGCCACCUACUCCCCAACCUUCUCGGAUGGCUUUCCGUCACAGCCUGGGAGGGCAGCGUUUCCAUCCCUCCCGACUUCAGCUGGAGAAGGGUGCCGGAACAAGAGGCUGGUGUCGAAAGAGUGGGUUGACCAGUUUGGUAUUGGGUGUUGCCCGGCCACCUCUAGGAACACCUGCCCAUCACGUCCUGGAUGGAUCCCACCGUCAGAAGGCUACAGAGAAUGCUUGUGUCACAGGGAAAUCUCUGCGCCACAAGCAAUGAUCCCAGCGCAAAACUCUUACUCAAAUGUCUUCAUUGACUUCGGUGUUCCAUAGUACCUGAGAUUUUAUAUUUUGAGAUAUCAUAGGUGAGUUGCACCACUUGUACUCAAUUCUAAUUGCCCCCUGGCGAUCUGGGAAGGGGUCAGAAGGCGGGCACUCAGCCAACAGUAUGAACUCGGAGUGUUGCUUUAGGGUUGUAGGAGGAAAACGCUUUCUGUAUAUCACUAGUGUAGACUCAAAAGAUAUGCAAGUGUCAAAUAUGCAAAAGAAAUAGCUUAUUCAAAGAGACUGUGUGUUCCUAAAGAACAGCAUAAAAAUCUGAUUUUUUUUUUUUUACCUGCGAAAAUGAAAGGAAAAAAAAUACCCAUAAUUGAAAUGCCCAGUUCAGACUUUGAGUACUUCCUGCUAUGGCAGGGAAAGCGCCUACUAUAAUAGAAAUUCUUCUUUGUUUCCUGUGGUUUUCAAGCUAAAAAAAAAAAAAUUAAAAUAAAAAGCACUUUAUGUUUUUAAAAAAUAGGUUCUACCAGGGACAGUGUCAACAUCUUGCACUUUAAAACAAGCAUUAUUUCCGUGGGCCACUUGUUGGGACUGUAGUUGGGUUGUUGCUACAAGCCUGUUUCUGGCCACGGUGGGUGAGAUUGUGCUGGCAUCACUGUCUGCCAUAUAAAAGUCUUUGGGCUCCUUUCCUGUCCCUCUGAAGCAUCCCCUUAACCCUCAUGGGUCAGGAGGGGUUCUUGGCCCUUGGGUGGGGCCUCUCAUAAAGUCAAAUGUACAGGAGACAUGCACAUCUCAGAAGGACAGUGACAGUUGGACAUUGGGUGUCUUACUCUGUUCCUUUUCUUGUCAACCAGCCAUUGGUGUGUUUUUAGUGUCACUGUCUGUACAAAAAAAGCUCAACUCUCCUUCCUGCAGCCAUCAAUGCAGCCGGUACAGACAAAAGCAAUAAGUAUGUGUGUGCAUCCUGAGCGGUUCUGGUGUUUUUCUUGAUGUUGGUCUUCCUGUCCUAGUUUGAUGAGCUGGCACUGUCCUGCCUGCUUUUGGUCCAACAGCAUGGUGUUGUUGGCAGUACAGUGACAUUGGGUUGAACCACUGAUUGAUACAAUGCUAUGGUGUUGGCUCAUCUGUCAGUAAAGAUAACAUGUUAUCGGUCUGCUUGUCUGCAGUACGAUGGAACAAUGUUGGUCUCCUUAUCAUGUUGAUGGAUGAUGUCCCAAGUACAAUAGUGUAGGUCUGCCUAUCCUCAAUACAGGAGCAGGCAUAUGUCUUCCCCAUGGAACAAGGACAUGCUGUUGGUUCACCUGUUCUCAAUAUCAUCUGCUGCUGGUCUGCCUAUUGGUACAACGGCAUGAUCCACCUGUUAGCACACAAAUAUCGUGGAGUUGUUCUGCCUGCCCUCUGUAUAAUGGCAUGAGAUUGGGCCACCUGUCACAGGUAUGAUGACACGGGGUCAUUCCACCACCAUCACAAAUGCUUGUUCUCUGCUGUAUACAAAUCCAGUUCAUACCACUUCUCAGCAUCUCCAGGGACUGUGGAUCCCCCAGGAGGGUUCAGUCCUGUUCUUAGGUAUCGUCAGAUACCUGCACAACAAAUGCGAAGGGACUCAGGGGCACGGAGAGUGUGAGAUCACCUGUGCCAGCUGGCACGCCCGAGGGAGGGAGCAGCGGCUCUUCCAGAAGGAGGGAACGCUGUGCCGAGCGCACAGUCUGGGCUGGGGCCUCCUGAGCAGCUACCGCGGAACGCUUCCCCGCCGGCCGUCCCGUGUAUCUCUCGUUUUCAUCACCGUCAGCGUCCGCCAUCAGCACAAAUGUGAAAAUUCAGGGAAAACAAACAAAUGCUUUUUGAUAAAAGUAAAUAGUUGUGAUUUCUGAUUCAGAUAUUUUUAGAGCUGAUGCUAUCUGUAAAAAUUAAUAACGAUAAUAAUAUAUAGUCUAUUUUACAUAUCAGGAAAGUGAAUAUGUUUAAAUAUAGCCAUAUAUAGUGAGAAGGAACUUACCACCCCUUCUUCAAAUCGAGGCAUUUCAUUUGUUGGUUGAAGCAGAUGAGAAGUGUACAGAUUGGAAAUUCUUUCUUUUUAUUAAAAAACUAAUAACCAAUUGGUGCAACUCUCCUUGUAACCAAAGGCCCUUUCUGCCUUGUGUGGUCGUGUAGGGCCUGGCCCUUCCUUCCUUGUGUACUUUGACCUUAAAGUAGCAUUUUAUUGAGUCACUUUUGAAGGACGAAUUCAGAAGUAUCAUUAAGAACCUACCUUUUCAGGCUUAAUAGCCAGAGUCCUAUAGAGUUCUUAUAGAAACAGAAUAAUUGAAAUUCAGCAUAUACUAUGCUUAGAAAGUAUCCGUUUUGGUUUGGUUUUGUUUGGUUUUGUUUUUUUUUUUUCCUCUAACUUAUGCGUGUAUGUAUCGUGGGAAUGUAGCUUUUACCCUGUGCUCAAUUCAAAAUAGAAUAUUGUUACGUUUUCCCAGCCCCCAUCCACCCAAAAGGGAACAUACCCAGGUUUGUAACACGUAUAUACCCAACCUGUACCUAGGUACAUGUAUGUACACGCACUGGGAAAUCUACCUAUGGGUCUCCACUGAGAAGUAAACUUGACAGACAGGCCUUGAAAGAGAAGAGGAAAGCAAUGGUUUGGAGGCAAAUACUGCUUUGACUUGGUGGUUCAUUUCCCACCCUUUCCUCAACCAACGAAAGCAGAAAGAAACAAAUCCACCCAAACAAAUGAUAUGGGGAGAACUGGAGGUGAAUGGAUGCUGGCCACUUUGGCGAAUUCAAGGAAACUCAUCAAGAACCCAGCCGAACUUGAGUUCCAACUUCCACCAUUAUCAGAAAGGGCUAGGGACCAGGUAGCUAUGUGUCCCAAUCACCUGGGCGAGAGUCUGCAACCCGUGGCGGGCGAGGUGGGCAAGCUUUGCAGGAGAGAGUGUGUUCACCUCUUUAUCUUUGGGCAAAAGAAAACAACAGGACUUUGGUGCAGUAGAUUUCGCAGUGCCUUCUUUAGGAAUUCUAUCUUAAGCACACUUUAAAGGGGAAGAAAAAAGAGGAGAGAACGUUUGUUCCUGUGAAGUCCCUUUCUCAAAAGGACUGGGGAUGAAGAAUGAAGAAGAAGAAGAGUAAGAAGGGGACACAGCAAAAAUCCCGAGAAGGUCAUUUCCCUUCAACUCCCCCAGCUUGCCCCCGAGCACGGCUGGUGACGCGAACUUUUGUGAACUGACUCCCAACAACUUCUCCACUGUGUCUUGGUAACUGUAGCUGCCCUUUCUCCUAAUAAUAAGAUCCGUGUUUCUACGGAGAAAAACAAAACAGUAUUCUCUUCUGUAAAACUGUAAUGUAUUGUUGAUAUUUGUAACUACUGUAUAUUUCUGUCUUGCUCCAGUUACUAGGCUGGAGUGUCCACGGACAAGGGGAUGUUUAAAAUUCACCACGGACAAGGGCCACCAAAGCCAGGUCUCUAUCUCUCUCCUUUCCUUAUUUCUCUGCCAACUAGUCUCGAGUAACAUAACCCCAGGCUUUUCGGUCUCAAGUCAAGAAACUUGGAAUCAAGGAGGGCCAGGCAAACAGCCCCCCAGGACACCCGCCUCUGGGAAUGGACUUUUUCUGCAGCUGCCAAGUGGGCAAAAGGAAGAAGAGGGCUCCCGAGCUGGUGUUUCCUCCCGAGCUGGUGUCUCCUCACCCACCACUGCCUGCAGGAAGGACAGCAUCCCAGUGCUUCCCCGUCACUCAGCCCAGGCGGCCCAAACCAGCCCUGGCCACACCCAGAAAUAAGAGUUACCUCUGCAUUUUCUGUUGCCAUUUUUUUUGGCUCUAGAAGUAUCUGAUGCGCGACUACGUCACAGGAUGUCCACGCAUCUCUCAGAGUAGUCUAUUUUUCUGUUCAGAUAAAUAUAUAUAUAUACAUGUAUUUUUAGCAAAUUUAUAAUAGGGCAAUCGAGUCUAAUUUCUUCUUUUGUAAUACAGAAUACUGUCUUAGGAGUUUCAUUGUCGGUCAUUCUCGUAGCUUUGAUAUUCUCUGGUCUUUUUCAUUUUCUCCCAUUGUCCCUUGGGCUGUUUUUUUUUUCUUUUCUUCCUUUUGAUUCUGAUUUCUUGGGAGUAGGGAGAGACUACUGGGGUCUGACCCCUACUGGGGUCUUUGGGGUCUGACUUCCUUGUGCAGGCAUUUCCUGACGCUGGGCCUAGGGUCUGUGGAUGCCGUACUUUCCUCAUUCGGUCUGUGUGUUUCUCCUAUUCGUUGUGCUUAAGAAUCCAGGGCGUGAAUGCAGGUGGGAGAGCAAGGGAAGCAGGGCUCCAGAUGGCCCUCCAGAGCAGCCUGCAUGUGGGCUGGCUCAGCUCAUACCCCACUCCCCCCCAGGGAUCUGAAGGGACUGAGCUUUCUCAUCCCUGGAGAUCUUGAAACCAAAAAUCUCAUGCAAGCGAACUUCCCGCUGCCAUUUCUGAGACCUAGAACCCACCCAAGUUCCUUUUGGCUGGGCUGUUCCCAUGUCCGGCACCCUGUAGAUCUGUAACAUCAAUCAGAUAGAAAGGCCAGAGCUUUUUCAGGUUCUUGCAAACCUCAGAAGAAUAUGCUGGGCCUCAGAUCUCAUUGACUUCUUAUCAGCUCCUCAUUUCAAUCCAUUCCUAACAGCUUCACCAAAAAACAAUGGCCAGACACCCUGGCAGCCAAGCCCUGAGAAAAGAUGUCCCCAGAAUCUGCUAGCUCAUCUCCCCUCCCUUUUCCUGUGGAGCUGCCUAGCUCCACAGAGCAAGCGAUGUGUGGCAAAGACAGUUGUACUUUUAUAGCUCCCACCUGUCCAAGCCUUGGGGCGUUUUCGGACUGUCCUGAUAAUUAAUUCCACAAGGCGGUUUUCAGCCUCGGGUGGGCAGAGGACAUCUCACUAACCAGUAUCUUCAGCAGAAAGCGAUUCUCCAUCCAUCAACUCACACAGGAAGAUGAAGAAAGGCCAGAUAAUCUCCAACUUGCACUCAUUUCAGUUUUGGUGUCCCAACUGCCUCCCCGACAGCUGUAGGGCUCUGGGCUCUGCCCAGAACCAGAGAUCUGAGCCAAACCAAGACCCCCAGGUGGCGGUGAACCAUCCCCCAUCAAAUAACUCUCAAGAGGAAUCCACCCCAAAUAAGAAUUUAUUAUUCUGGACUAUGACCCUAAUCAGAGUUUUCCCACCCCCCAAAUUCCUGGUAAUCUGGAUUGAACCAGAGCCACAUAAUACAGACAAGAUUUUUUAAAACUUUUGUGCAAGAGCAACAAAACCAAAAAAAAUUGUCUCCCAGUAACUUCCUAAGUUUGAUGUCCAGACAAGCAAACACCCUUGCUUGUGGCUAUUCUUAUCAAGAAAGAGGUUACAUAGUUUGGGUUUCCAUCCACUGUUCCUGAUUGUAUCUUAACCUGGAAUUUCUCCUGAACUUCCCCAAAUGCCAACUUGAAUUUGGAGGGGGCUCUGUUAAUCGAGGGAACCCUCAUCUUCACCUCUAACCCUGACUCUCCAUCUCUUUCUGCUAAGAUCCUGAACAUAUAUAAAGGCUGGCCAGGAUGGGGUGGAGCAAGACAGUUCACCUAAGGAAGAAACCACCCAGCUGCAGGCUGGCUGAAAUUGACAAUUUCAGCUCAAAUUAAAGAAGCCCAAGUCAAACAUCGAACCCAGUGGAACUUCCUUAUACUGCAGGUGUUUAAAGAGAGGCUAGAGGAUGUACAAAAUGGGCAUUGCACAGGGUCCCUAGAAUCGCAUGGAAACUGGACUGAACAAGGAAAUUCUCCCCCUUUGUUUCUUGGGGUGUGUGUUUGUGGGUGGGGGGUGGGGGAGGCUUUGGACAUUCUGGGCACAGGCUCAGCCACUGAGACAAAGGUGUGGAGCACAGUAAGGAACCCCACUUCCAGGCUUUGCAGCUGUCAGAGGGGGUACCCAAGAGUCGGGGUGGCAGCAGGACACCCUCCUUCCUCCCAGAACCUUGUCUUGGAAAAUUUUAAUGGCCCUCUCCCUAUUGAAAUCAUCCCCAGUGACUGACCGGGCACCACACUGGACUGAGACUCUUGCUUCCCAGGCCAGCCAAAGAGCAAUCCACGAAGCCCCGAUCGCCCGCUGGCUGUCCUUCGGUGCUCUAGCCCUUCUGCCCAGACCCUGCGCCCUCAGGAGCCUGAGGCUUUCUGUACAAGAGACGCAAUUAUCUGUUACCCAUUAGCCAGCCCAGUGAACAACUGCCCAGGCCAUAGUGAAUGGCACCAUUCCAAAAGGGCUUUUUUUUUUUUUUUCUGGUAAAUAAAAUAGGAGAUUCCAUUCAAGACCUUUGAAAGUCCCCAGCCAUGAAGUAAAUCCCAAAAGGCCAAAAGGGAGAGGCAGCCAUAAUCCAGUUUCACAGCAAAGCAAGGCUUUGGCUGCCUCCAAGCAGAACGUCCACUCACCCACGUCUGUGACAUCCUCCCCACAUCAGCCCGGAUCCUGCAUCCUCCAAGGGAAGCAUUUGACGAGAGCGGUUUUGUGUGUGGUGGGUUUGGAGGAACCUCAAACCCUUCAACUUCAGGGUGAAGCCAAGUCCAGGUGGUCUGGGUGGUUUUAUUAUGAGGUUUGGUGGGAUGAUGUGUUUGGAUGGGCAGACCGGGCAACUGCCUUCUUCCAAAACCAAAAUAAAACAAAACUCAGUUUCCAAGAUUCCCCCUCUAGAAGCUCUGGCCUGCAGACAUAGCUCAAGCUGCAAUAACGCAAAGGGUAUUGGACAGUCCGUGAAAAUGUAGGACACUCCCCAUCCCGUCCCAUCGGAAUGCCCGCAAGGACAUGCAUGGAUCCUCCUGCACAUCCUGCUUCCAUGAGCUGAACCAGGUUUGGAAAGAAGGUGGUAGCACAGGAGAAGAGACCCAAAAAACCCUGUCUUCUCCGUGGCUUGGCUCAUGGCCCCCUAGCUCCACUAGGGUUUGGGGCUCCCUCCUGGAUGAGCUGGACAUCGGAGAGCUGGGUGUGCCUGAGUGCAGGGGACGAGAGGGACCCGUGGCCGCUGGGCCGGGCAGCUAGCCACUUUGCUCUCCACAUCUAUUUUGAUUUCAGUCCAAGGUCUAGAGCUGGGAACCCCGUUUCUGCACCAGAAAUUCAGGGUCAUCCCCAAUGCAUGCCCUUGGCACAUAGUGGUCGUCCGGCCUGUGUUUUCUGAGUGAGCGGAUGUGAGAAUGGCCUCUGAGGGAACAGGUGGCUGUGUGGUGAACAGGGGACUUGUGAGUUCUCACCUGGCUUGCGGUGCCGCUCGCUGGGAGGGGAGGAGAAAGGGGGCACCCCUCUCCCACUGAAGCCCAUAACUGCUCCAUCAGCGCCAUCUGUUCUUUGACUCAAUCUGGGGCCAAGGUGACACCCAAAUUUGACACUUGCAGGCCUGCUCAGAGCCACACUUCUGGGGCCCGUGGGACAGCCCCGCCUCCUUCCUACUCCCCUGCCCUGCAUUGUUCCGGCUCAUGUUCUAGUUUAGCUCACACGUGGCCCAUGGGGAGACCACCAAGUGGCUUUCCAGUGGGCUAAGUGAACAGUCCAAAGUCCGGGCUUCCCUUGGUCUGGGGCUUGCUGGGGCAGGAACUUUGGAGCCAGCAUCUGGAAACUGGAUUGCAUUCCCUGAGCCGUGGGAGCCCAGCUGCAUACGAGGGCCCGCCUGUCCUCCAGCUUUUAGGGCCAGUGGUCUCCUUUCUUCUGAGCCCCGAGGACCCCCAUGACAGUAUGUGCCCUGAUCCCGUCAGCUUAGGCCCUGUCUCUCCCAGGAACCCGUGGUGUGAGGUUGGGGCUUUUCUGCCAGCAAAGCCAUUCUGAUCACCCCACCCUUGAUGGGGGCCGAGCCAACCACAUUAGCCAUAAAUGACCAAUGUCCUCAGCCGCUUUUUUCUCGGGGGCGUGUUCAUGGGUCUUGUUCAUCUCUCGUCAGUUGACGUCUCUAGUCCUUCCUGUAAAGGUGAAAAUGAGCAUUACGUGUGCACGCGUACACACGCACACACACACGCACACACACAGAAACCAAACAACAAAAAACCCAGUGUCUUUUAUGCAUGUAGUGAGAUGAAAUUGUGAUCCUUGUGUGACCUCCAGCUGCUGUCCUGUCUUGUAAAAUACGUCCAAAUGUUUAAGAAUUUCUAAGCAAAUGGUCCCUUAAUGAAGUCUGCAGAGUUCAAUAAAAGGUAUGGA